AUGACUGGUCUCUCCCGGCUGGGCCGGGCUCCUCCGAGGAGGUCGGCGCUUCUCGCGUUGGCCCUGGUGCUUCUGGCGGGGCGGGCCGGCGCCUACAAGCUGAACGUGCCGAAGGUCUUGCUGCCCUUCAGCCGGGACAAGCGCGUCCCCUUCGUGCUGGGCGCGGAAGGCGGUUGCUACUCCUGGUACUCCACACGCCACGACACCGUGACCAUUGAACCCGUGUACGAGAACAGCACCGUUUGCUCGCAGAAAGCUUUGCUGACCACCCGCUCUUCGCAGGCCACGAAGCUGGCUAGUGUUGUAAUAGCAGAGGAGAUCGUGACCGGGCACGUGCUCCGUUGUGACAUCAUUGUGGAUCUCAUUGACCGCGUUGAAAUUAUUUCCCGGACUCGAGAGAUCUAUGUUGAAGACUCCCCGCUCGAGCUGAGCGUGAGAGCUCUGGAUGCUGAAGGGAACACGUUCAGCAGCUUGGAAGGGAUGGAAUUCGAGUGGAGCAUCGCCAAAGACGACGAAAUGGAGAACUUGGAGCUGUCGAGCAAAAUUAGGAUUUUAAAGUAUUCUGAAGCAGAAUAUUCUCCGCCAGACUACGUAGUUGAAAUGGAAAGAGAGGAGAAACAAGGAGAUAGGAUACUGGUGUCGGGAAUCAAAACAGGCGCGGCAGUCAUUAAGGUCCGAAUUCAAGAGCCUGUAUAUAAGACAGUAGCUGCAGCUUUGGUGCGUCUGUUGGUUUUGGAGAACGUUUUCUUACUGCCUUCCUAUGAUGUCUACCUGCUGGUGGGAGCCUACAUUAAGUACAGAGUCGGCAAAAUAAUUCAGGGAAAGAUCACAGAGGUGGAGUUGCCUUUGGAGCAUUAUGAGCUGGAACUGCAGAAUGAAGUGAAGGCCCCCAACGACGCUUACCUUCUCCCCGUGGCCCACCUGGAUGUGAACACGGCUACCGUCACCGCCGUGCAGCUGGGACAGGUCAACAUGGUCUUCGUCCAUAAAAACAUCCACAUGCGAGGUUCAUCUGGGCUUCCCAAUUGCAGCAUCUAUGUUGUGGAGCCUGGAUUUUUAGGUUUCACUGUCCAGCCUGGGAACAGGUGGACCCUAGAAGCGAAGCGAACCUACACCAUCACUGUCGAAGUGUAUGACAAGUCGAGCACCAAGGUCUACCCAUCCGAUAAUCUCCGAAUAACUCACCGUUUUCCAAACGAAUAUUUCGAGGCAUUCACCUCUUCAGUAAAUGGUUCCUACCACAUUGUUCAGGUGCUGAAGGAUGGUAUCACCAUCAUUAAAGCCAUACUGGUGUCUGUUCUGCUCCAGAGUGGCUCGGAAGAUUUCUUGGUGUCCCCAAUCAGCCAUGAGCAAGAAGUGAAGAUCUACCUUCCCAUCAAGCUGACGCCUUCUUCCUUAGCCUUCCCGCAUCACCCUCUGAUCAUCUCGUAUCAGUACAGGAUUCAGGUCGAGGGAGGUAGUGGCAAUUUCACGUGGACCUCUUCCAACCAGACGGUGGCCACCGUCACUGUGAAAGGAGUGGUUACGGCAGGACUCGUCGAGGGGCAAAGCACCGUGCAGGCCAGAGAUGUGCAGAACCCCUUCCAUUUUGGAGAACUACAGGUGUCUGUGCUGAAGCUGUCGAAGAUGGAGUUCCUGCCGCUCCACGCAGACGCUGAGAUCGGGCAGACGCUGGAAGUCCCGCUCAGGAUGUAUCACCUUAAGAAGGAUACGGGAGAGGCCGUUGCUUUCACCGACUGCUCCCUUUUACUCCUGGACGUCGCCAUGGAUAAGCAAGGAGUCUUUGCCUUAGACGAAGAGGGCAAGCAGAAAUCCGUCCCGGCGUUCUGUUCCAGCCUCCAUCUGGUGGCAAAGUCUCUGGGGCACACGUUGGUAACAGCGAGUGCCACCAUCUUUGAGGAGUAUUUUGAAACCAGUGCCACACUUGCUGCUUACGAACCUCUCAAGGCUGUGAACCCCGUGGAGGUGGCUCUGGUGACCUGGCAUUCCGUGAAGGAAAUGGUCUUCGAGGGAGGACCCAGCCCGUGGGUUUUGGAGCCCUCUCGCUUCUUCCUGGAACUCCGAGUGGAGCACCGGGAUACAGUCCACGUGCAGGAGGUGCGGACGCCAAACAAGAGGAAGCAGCACCAGUACGUUUACCGGAUCACGUGCCUGCAGUUGGGGGAACAGGUGUUCACGUUCCAGGUGGGCAAUCAUCCGGGGGUGCUGAACCCCAGCCCCGCUACGGAGAUGGUGCAGGUGAGAUUCAUCUGUGCCCACCCCGCCAGCAUGGCUGUGACGCCGGUGUACAAGCUGGCAGCCGGCGCUCCGCCGUGCCCUUUGCCUCAGCACCACAAGCAGCUGGUCCCUGUGUCCAGUUUGAGGAACACCGUCUUGGAGCUCGCUUUGUUCGACCAGCACCGCAGGAAGUUUGACAACUUCUCCUCCCUGAUCUUGGAAUGGACGUCAGCCAACGAAACUCUCGCUCUAUUCACUCACCCGAGGGCCGUGCAGAUGGUACCCAAGGAUGACGGAACAGGACAGACCAGGCUCCAUGGACACCAGCUCCUCGAAGUCCAUCAGAUCAAAGGGACAGUUUUGAUCGCAGUCAACUUUAUGAAAUACUCUGAGAGAGGCAGCCCCAAAGAGGUGUCUAACUCUCCUGCCUCUGCAGCCGUGGAACUGUUGCUGGUUGAGGAUGUGACCGUGGACCCGGAUAACGUCACCCUGUACAACCAUCCAGAUGUCAAGGAGGUGUUUGCCUUGGUAGAAGGCUCUGGCUACUUCCUCGUCAACAGCAGCGCAGAGGAGAUGGUGAACAUCUCCUACCUGGAGACGGAGAGCACCAUCCAAGUCGUUCCUGUACUUCCUGGUUCUUUGACCUUGGAGAUCUAUGAUCUAUGUCUGGCCUUCCUGGGACCAGCUACAGCCUACCUCCGAGUAUCUAAUAUGUACGAGGUGGAAGUGGACCUCAUUGAUAAGAUUGAGAUCGGCAAGUCCGUGCUGGUCUCCGUGCGUGUCCUGGGACAUCAUCGGCAACUUUUCCGGAGUAAAUACUUCACCUACAUGCGGCUCCAGCUGAAGGCAGCUUCCGCCAUUGUCACCCUUACACUGAUGGAAGAAGUGGGCAACUAUUCCAAAGUCUACGUGCUCCGAGCCAUGGCGGUGGGGCAGACGACGUUGGUCGCCACGGCCUGGGACAAGAUGGGAGUCAAGUUCACUUCGGCACCUCGGAAGGUGGAGGUCUUCCCACCAUUCAAGCUCAUUCCAGAGAAGAUGACGCUCAUUCUGUACAAUAUGAUGCAGGUGAUGUCGGAGGGCGGCCCGCAGCCACAGUCUCUCAUCCACUUCUCAAUCAGCAACCAGACAGUGGCCGCAGUGAAUGGACUGGGGCAAGUCACCGCCAGGGCCGUGGGCGCAGCCACGAUCCUGGGGACCGUCCGGGCUGUCAACGAAGACACGGGGAAAGUCAUCGUCUUUUCCCAGGAUCAAGUAGACCUGGAAGUGGUUCAGCUGAGAGGGAUCCGAAUUCACGCUCCCGCCACUAGGCUCAUCACGGGUACUAAGAUGCCUGUUUACGUCAUCGGACUGACCAGCACCGUGACGCCAUUCUCCUUUGGGAACGCCGCCCCGGCCCUGUCGUUCCACUGGACAAUGAGCAAGCGGGACGUCCUGGACCUCCUUCCCAGACACUCGGAGGUUUCCCUGCAGCUCAUUCCGGAAAGUAACUUUGCAAUGGUCUUGCACACAAGAGCAGCUGGAAGGACAAGCAUCAGAGUGACGGUGCAGACUUCGGACGCGCGUGCCGGGCAGUUCGAAGGAAAUCUCACCGAGCUCUCGGAUGAAGUGCAAGUGCUGGUGUUCGACAGGCUCCAGUUCUUCUCCCCAGAGUGCCCCGCGGAGCAAAUUCUGAUGUCCAUGAAUUCACAGCUCAAGUUACUUACAAACAGGGAAGGGGCGGCCUUUGUGAACGCCCAGGUCCUGCAGUGCUCCCCCAACUCCUCUGUCAUUGAGGAGCACAGGCACGGUCUCCUCAAGGCAGGAGCUGUCACCGGCACUGCUGUUCUGGAAGUGACCUCCAUGGAACUCUUUGGAGUCAACCAGACCGUCAUCACCGGAGUGCGGGUGGCCCCGGUGUCCUACCUGCGGCUGAGCAGCGCCCCCAAGCUCUACACAGCCAGCCGGACGCCCCUGCGAGCGUUUCCGCUGGGCAUGUCCCUGACGCUCACCGUCCAGUUCUACGACAGCGUCGGGGAGAGGUUUCACGCACAGAGCGGCCAGAUGUACCUGGCCUUGAACAGAGAUGACUUGCUGCUGAUCCGACCCAGCAGCAAGAAUUACACUUACGUCGCCCAAGCUGUGAACAGGGGCGUGACCUUGCUGGGGGUCUGGGAUGAGAAACACCCGGGCAUGGCCGAUUACAUCCCUGUCCCAGUGGAACACGCCAUCGAGCCGGACCUCUCUGAGCCGCUUGCCAUGGGAGACGUGGUGUGUUUCAGCACCCCCCUCGUCAGCCAGGAAGGAGAAUUGGGGACAUGGCAAAUCACGCCUAGUGACAUCCUCAAGAUGGACACAGUGAGCGGAGCAGCGUUUGCAAAGAAUGCUGGGAAAGCCACUGUCUUUCAUGACAUCCCAGGGAUAGUGAAAACCUACAGAGAGGUUGUCAUCAGCGGCUCCUCAAAACUAAGCCUUCGCCUUGGUGCCAAAAACUACCUCACCAACACGCCAAACUCCCCCGAAUUCUGGGUUCUUGUUGCCACGAGCAGCGCGACGACCCUUCGAGGGCCUUGCAGCGCGGUUCAGCUCCACGCCGUCGCGGAUCUGCUUCUCCCAGAAUCCAACCUGAUUUGUCAACUGGAGUUCAGCAAGAUGGAACAUAACAUCCCUGCGCACAGGGUCUUCGACAUCCGGCCUGCAUUCUACACUGACAAAGGCCUCUAUGCCUGCAUCGUAACAGUGAAAUCCCAGCCUGAAGAGGACCUGCUGGCCCUGAGCACCGCCGAGGGCUGGGUGUACGUGACCGCCUCUCUCGUCAGCGAGCAGAGCCAAGACGGGGCCCAAGGAGUCAUGGCCCCUUUCCUGCCUGCAUUCUUUCUCAACCAGUCCGAAGUCCUCUUCAGCAGCAAGGAGCUGAGAGGUGAAAUCUUGGUGCUGGGGGCCAGGAGUGUGACUGAAAAAUUACAGGCCCAGCCCAGUUCCCCCGUGAUAAAAGUGGGAAAGCCCCAGCAUCUGCCAGACGUGUCCGGACUUGUCCUCUACCCGAUCAGCGUGGUCAACCUGACGUCUCUCCAGCAGAUGGCAGCCCCCGUCUUCAUCAAUCUCUCCUGCAGCCUGACGGGCCAGAGGGCUGCCGUGUUAGUGCGGGCUUUGCCAGAAAGCCAUUUGGCAGGUCAGUGCGCUGAAGCAGGCCUUAUCGGGCAGCUCGUGGGCUCCUACCAGGUCCUCCUCUUCACCAUCUUUGCUGUUCUAGCAUCCACCAUGGCCAUCUUUCUCGCCUACAAUGCCUUCUUGACCAGAGUACAGGUAGUCCCCAUCGUUUACGUCCCCACACAAGGCUCAGUACAGACAGGACACCUCAGCCCUCCCUCCAGUGCUCAGCAUCACUAUUGCAAUGGAAGGAACAGGACUCAGGCCUGGCUUUGGAGUGUAAGGAGAUGAGGAAAUGCCCUCUUCUUCACUGGAGGAAGCACCAAGAGCAGUAUGGAAAAGAGUAAA